AUGAUGAAGAGACCGAUCCCGAGUUGGCCUUGGUGGUUAUUUGGUAAUAGAAAAGAGAAAGAAACCGAAGCUAUUAAGUUCCCUAGAAAGAUAGGUACAGGAAGAGUUAAUAAGAGAAAGGAGCUUGAGCUUGAGAGCUUUGGUUCGUCUGGCUCAGAAUCUGUAUCCCUUGUUGUAGCUAGUGAUGGACCUGAAUGGUCUGUUGGAUGGACUGAGCCACAUGGACCUGAUUUCCAAAGCGAUGAUGAAGGAGACGAUGGUGGCUUCUUAGUGCUUGUUCCUUGUUACAGAGCUGUAGUUGAAGGCUCUAGUAAUAACCAGCUCUUGUCUGCUGUCAAGAAUCUACCCAAUGGUUUGUCUCCUGAUGGGAAGAACUAUAUGGAGCAAUGGCUUUCAUCUCUGCAGAACCUUUGA